AACCUAGCCUCUCUGGUCCUCUACCUCUACAUAAGCCACCUGCCCGGGUCUUGUCGACGCGUUCCCCUUUGUUGAAAUAGCCCCUUCGCUUUUCCAACUUGGCUUUCUUCAUCAGUCUUUCUGCGUUAUUAUAUAGAGCUCGGACGGGACCGGAACAGACCCAUCUGAAGCUGAAGAAGAAGAAGAAGGACAAGAAGAAAUGCGCGUGGUGUUCAUAUGCAACGCGGAGGAAAAGGAACUGGGAAGACAACAGGCUUCCGGGUCAUGCCCUCACUGCGGAGGGAAAGUGGAGGCCAUCGACGUCGAGAGCCAUUGGAGAUUCUGCUUCUUGCCCGUCUGCUUUAACGUCAAGCGUAAAUAUUUGUGCACUCUCUGCAGUCGACGGUUGGUCCUGAACCAAAGCAGCGGUCUCUGCUCUGCGGUUGAACUGGAGGAGGGUCGUUAGGCUUUAGCCUAGAUUAGCAAAUGACUUGGGGUGGUUCUUUCAUGUCUUUAAUUGACCUAUCUGAUGUGCUGGAGAUUUUGAUGUAAUUAUCAGUAUUGUGACCAAGGUCGUCAAUUCCGCUUUGUGCAUGUUUCCCCUUUCGCGUGCUUUGGACGGAGAAGAGCUUCGGUUGUC